UUAUCCCAAUUCAAAACAAAAAUACACGCACACGCUCACAAGCUCGAAGUAGAAGAUAACCAUUUAUGGAGGAAGUGGUGAUUGUGGGUGCCGGCAUCGCGGGGCUGGCAACGGCAGUGGCCCUUAAGAAGGUCGGUGUUCGAGCCCUCAUCCUUGAGAGAUCGAAGGAGCUGCGAGCGACCGGCGCAGCUCUCGGUCUCUUCCCUAAUGCGUGGGUCGCGCUUGACAAGCUCGGGGUUUCGGACAAGCUCGCAGCCCUUUAUGCUCCUUUCGAAAGGGGAUACAUAACUGAUGUCAAGACUAAAUCGAUUCAAGAAGUGCAUUAUCCUCGAAGUAACCGGAAUGGAGCCCAACCAAGAGCGGUUCACCGAAAAGUCUUGUUGGAAGUUCUGGCAGAGGAGCUUCCUCCAAAUAGCAUUCGAUUCUCUUCCAAGAUAACUUCCAUCGAAACGCAAGUAGAACAAGGCUCGCCCAUUUGUAUUGUCACGCUUGAUGAUGGGUCCAUCAUAAAGUCUAAGGUUGUUAUAGGAUGCGACGGCGUGCACUCUAUUGUGGCCCGUUGGCUAGGACUUCGCCCGCCGGUCUAUUCAGGCCGGUCAGCAGUGCGUGGGUUGUCCGUGUUCCCGAAGGGUCACGGUUAUGACCAAAGCCACGGGAUUCAUCAAUUUGUAGAUGUGGGCAAGAGGGCGGGUUUUAUUACUCUCAAUGAUAAGGAAGUGUACUGGUUCUUCGGGGCAACGUGUCCUCCUAAAGGUUUGGAAAAAGGAGCAGAUCCAGAAAUGAUCCAAAGGGAGGUGAUCGAAAAUUUGGCAAAGGACUUCCCGUCCGUGUUCCUUGAUGUCGUCAAGCACUCCGAUCUUUCGAGUUUGACAUGGGCCCCGCUGAUGUUCCGAUACCCUUGGAACAUCCUGUUCGGAAAGCUAGCCCGAUCAAAUGUCACGGUGGCUGGAGACGCUAUGCACCCAAUGACUCCCGACUUGGGCCAGGGUGGAUGUUCGGCACUUGAGGACGCGGUGGUAUUGGGUAGGCACCUCGGGGACUCUAUCUCCAAGCACGGCAAACUCGUGACCCAAGAUAUUGGAUUUGCUAUGGAGAGGUAUGCAAAGGAGAGGAGAUUGAGGGCGGCGACACUGAUAACAGCAUCGUACUUGUCGGGAUGGGUGCAACAAGAUGGGUCUAGUCGAUUAAUGAAGUUCCUAAGAGAUGUUGUAUUCUAUAAGCUCCUCUUGGCUAGAGUAGUAAAUAGUAUAACCGAAUAUGAUUGUGGCAAGCUACCUAGUGUCUCCUCUUUGCCUUCACGUGAAUCCGAAAGCUCCAUCUAAUUACGGAGUUGCAAAUGGGUUUUGGUCUUCUUUUUUGUAUAAUAGGUGGUGAUGAAGUUUAUUGCAAUUCAUAACAGAUCAGUUCAUGGUA